GGAUAGAAGCAAAUGGCCUGGUCCUCCUUUAUUUUCUUUAGUUUAUUAUUCAUCGUCUCAAGGUGACUCGACGUAAAUUCCCACCAAGGCUGAAUUUUUUGACUCCCAACUUUCCCCUUGCUCACUCCACCGGACCUAUUCACUUGCUAUUGUACGUUUUUGUUAGUACAAUCCGAUUAUUUUGGUGGCCAACGUCAUCGGGGAGUAGUAAUAGUUAUUACUGGGCAUGAAGAUGAAGAUACCGACUGGAGGCUCUGGUAAUGGAUAUUAUGGGCAUGAGAGUGGGGUCAUAUCGUACCUGGACAAUGUAGAGAGUGAACCUGAUAUUCCUGGGGGGGAGAAUGGAGAUUUUUCGGAGUAUAUGUGGAUGGAGAACGAGGAGGAGUUCGAUAAACAGGUUAUGGAGCAACUUGAAGAGGAGGAACUGAUGGAGGAGUGUCUCGAGGCGAUGUUGGAGGAGGAGAGGCAGCACCAGAGGAAUCAAACGUCUGUUGCUUGGUGUAAUGCGGUUUCGGGGGAAAAUAGUGGGAAUGAAUUGUGCCAGCAGUUGGGAAGCCUCAGGGUUCAUGGAGAGCUUGCUAAAUCUAGUACAUUAAAUCCAAAUGCGGCUGAAUUCGUCCCCUCGUUUAAAUCAUCCGUAAGUACGACAUCGGAAAUAGCCAGUGAAUCGUCGUAGAAGGGUCAUACUGUAUCAAAAGAAUUAAUUCAAAAUAGAGUAAUGAACAAGACUCGUUAGAGACUGGGAAUUUACUCGGGUUAAGAACCCCUUCAUCGCGAUGAAAAACUGACUGAAAAAGACGAGAAAGACGAGAAAAAAAAAAUUAACAAAAACCAAAAAAAGGACUAAAAAAAUAUGGAUAGAGCCAUUGCAGUAAACUCGAAGCCUGUUUCCUCUUUUUACUUUAAUCAGUGGAAGGAAAAUACCUCGUAUUGGCAAUCAACUAUCUUUCCUAGGCAAUUAGCACUAACGCUUGCCGCAUUACUGUCCCAUAGAUCAGUCUCUGUAAGAAUCAAAAGUAACGAAAUGAAAUAACAAAAAAAUCAUAAAAAUACUAAAACGACAAAAAAACGAAAUGGGUAGAAUACUAUGAAGAUGUACUUAACGCCAUUAGUUGUCAGUGAAAAAGACAAGGAUAAACAGAAAAAAAUUGGUUGGGAGCUUUCUGAAAUUUUCCUCACGUUCAGUCUCGAAAUCUUUUUGCUAACUACUUUGCCUCUGCAGUUUAGAAUUAUUUCCCUCUUCGUUUUAUUCAUACGAGUGAUCGUGAAGUCCUGGUAGGGCUGUGAAUAUUGGAGAAUGUUGAUAUAUCAAUUUUUUAAUGAAGGUUUUAUAUGAUUUUCAAUAAAUCUUUAUUAGUUGCAAAACACUUUUGAAGAUACCGUUUAUUCGUUAUUCUUUUUUGGGGGGUGGGGAAUUAUUUUCGAUUGAUUUUGUGACUUGUCAACCAGUUGUGACGUUUUAAAUUGAAUAUUUUAUUUCUUCUGUAGGAAUUUUACGUUUUUGGUCUUCCAUUUUGCACGUUACGAGUUACCCGAGUACUUUUAUUUUUAAUCGCUUGAAUUAUUAAUGAAGGUUGAGGGAGGGGAAUUAUCUCGCAUUGGGGAACGUAUGCGAAAUUCCUGACAUAUUAUUUUUAAUAUUCAUAAUUGAAUGACAGCUCAACAUUAAAAAAAAGUUUAAAGUAUCGAUAUUCUCGAGAAAUCCCUGUUAAAUAUUUUUUACAGGAAAUAUUUCAUACGUAGUCCUGCUCAUGGCCUGUUUUAACAAAUCUUCCGGAUUAUUAUCGUUACGUUACUUACUUGCUGCGCUGAAAGGCUUGAAAUAAUGUAUUGAGAAUCAAUAUUCGAAAUUUAUUGACAACUCGUCCCACGUAUAUGACAAUUAUGUUUAUUUGUCAACAUUUGUCUCGUAAGGUUUAUCAAGGUGCGUGGUAACAGUAACAAAUAAAAUUGAAACGAAAAAGAAAGAAAAAAAAAUAAAUAAAACUAGGGUACUGCGAAAAAGACUAAAAAACAAUUCAUGUCUCCAUGAAAUAUACCACAAAAACUUGUCAUAAGAGAAAACCAAUUUUAGGAAUACAAAUAAAAUACAAUUAAAAUCACAAUUGCAUUGCACAUUUUUAAACUACAUCUCAACGAAGAUAAAACUAAAUUAGUCACCCGGAACGUCAUUUGUACGCGGCCUGACUCGAUUUUAGGAAAAAAAAUGUACAAAAAAAUUAAAUCAAAUCUUGUAGGAUAAUAAUGAAGUUAUGAAAAUUCCCGCAUGUUGGAGAAGACGAAGAAAUGUAAUGUAACUGAUAGAAAUCAUUGCGACUACGUUAAGUAAUUACAUUAUUGUCAGCAUUUGUGAAUUUUUCACUUCAUUUUCUUUUAUAAAUAGCAUUUAACAUAUAGAAUAGGAAUAAAAAAUAAGUAUGAAAUAA